AUGGUUAAUAUUAAAUCAACAUCCGAUGCCAUCUGGUGGAUUAAAAAUCCGAAGGGUGCAGAGUUGAAGGAGAGCGGCAGAGGGCGUGCUGGGGGGCGCAAGAAGUCGCGGGACGCCAGCUUUUGUCUGGAUAUGGCAGAUUUAGUGCGCAAUAUAUCCUUGCAGGGAUAUAGCAAGCUGUUGGCGCCAGAAUUAACGCUGUGCGAAAGAUUAAUUUGGCUGCUGGUGCACACCACAAUGUUCGGCAUACUGCUGGCGGUGCUCUCACUCACCUGGGAACAAUUUGCCGCACAAUACUUUGUCAUCAAUCUGAAGGAUCCCCUUUAUCCCGUCGAAAAUGUGCCAUUUCCGGCAGUGUCAAUAUGCUCGAACAAUCGCAUUUCCAAGCAGGCGGUCACAAAGUAUGCGCUCGAGCUGUGA